AUGCCCAAGGUUCCCGCUGCCCGCGCUUGGCCGCUUCUGCUCCUGCUCGCCAUCCAACUCUGCGUGGCCACCGACGUUCCCCAGCCUUGGCGUUGCGCCCCCUGCUCCGCUGAGAAGCUCGCACUCUGCCCGCCGGUGCCUGCCUCAUGCAGUGAGCCCACCCGUCCUGCUGGCUGUGGCUGCUGCCCGACUUGCGCUCUGCAGCUGGGCGCGGCCUGUGGUGUGGCCACUGCACGCUGUGCCCGCGGGCUCAGCUGCCGCGCACUGCCAGGGGAGCCAAGGCCCCUGCAUGCCCUCACCCGUGGCCAGGGCGCCUGCAUGCCUGAGUCCGAUGCUGUGCCCAGCGCUGAGGACACAGGGAGGCCACAGGGAUCCCCCGAGAGCUCAGAGAUGACCCAGGAACAGCUCCUGCAUAGUUUCCACCUCAUGGCUCCAUCCGGCGAGGAUGUGUCCAUUCUCUGGAAUGCCAUCAGCAAUUAUGAAAGCAUGAGGGCUCGAGGGAUUGCCAGCAUCAAAAAGUGGAAGGAGCCUUGCCAGCGAGAACUCUAUAAAGUAAUGGACAGACUAGCCAAGGAACAGCAGAAGGCAGGAGAUGAACUUUACAAAUUUUAUCUGCCAAACUGCAAUAAGCAUGGAUUUUAUCACAGCAAACAGUGUGAGACAUCCCUGGAAGGUGAGCCAGGGCUCUGCUGGUGUGUCUACCCCUGGAGUGGAAAGAAGAUCCCAGGGACUGUGGAGAUUAGAGGGGACCCCAACUGCCAUCAGUAUUUCAACUCACAGAACUGA